AUGGAAUUUCUCAGCCCUCCAAGUAACGCUUUAUUCCCUGAACUUACGCAGGCUGCAUCUACAUUAACAGCGCCGCUCAUCACUGUCGACUGCACGGCUGCUACAGCUCUAUGCAAGAAAUACGAUAUCAACGCCUAUCCCACCAUCAGACUCUUCCAUGGCUUGGAAGAUAAUAUUCGAUAUAGGGGCCCAAGAGCGGCAGAUGCAAUAAUCUCAUUCAUGAUAAAACAACAACUCCCCCCACUCACAACCCUCGACAACGAAACCAUCCAAGUCUUCAAAUCCAUCGACGAUAAAGUCUUCAUCGCCUAUCUCCCACCUCCAACAGAUGAUGACGAGGAGGUAUCUCCCGAUGAUCUCAUCCGAGAAAUAUACACGUCCGUCGCGAACCAGAAUCACGAUCGUUUCGUAUUUGGGAUCUCGUUCGAUCCGGCCCUCGCAGCGAAAGAUGGUCUGCCUGUUCCGUCGAUUGCGUGCUACAAGACGCGGUCCGAAGGGAAUAAUGAGGCUCUUGCGGGAAUCGAGUUCUCACGGAGGAAGGUGGAGGAGUUUGUGCAGGCGAUGAGUCGGGACGUUAUUGGUGAGAUGAAUAGGAGGAAUAUGCAGGAGUACAUGCAGCCCUCUAAACUCCUCGCCUAUAUCUUCUAUGACACGCCCUCUACUCGCACGCAUCUCCGACGCUCUCUUGGUCGCGUGGCCAAGAAACUUCAAGAAUACGUGACGUUUGUCACCAUUGAUGAUAAUGAGUAUGGUCAUAUCGCGACAAGUUUGGAGGUGCGGCCAGAGCUGUUACCCGCGCUCGUGGUCCACGACAUGAUGACGGAUCGAGUAUUUGUGUACGACCAAGAGGCAGAGAUUUAUCCUAAGGCAGUGGGGAAGAUGCUACUAGAUAUUCUACAGGGAAAAUCCACACCGGGGGUGCAGCCGGUGGAGGAUCAAAAGGCACAUGAAGAGAACAACGAUGAGCAGAAGGGGAAUGACAAUGGACAUGAUGAAUUGUAG